UGUGUUAACAAAAAUAUAUUAAAAAGGUGAGUUAAUUUCCAAUAAUAAUUAUUAAGUAUUAUGGAAGGAAGUGCAGUAGCAGAAUUCAAGAUCGUUCUUGUCGGUGACGGAGCCACCGGUAAGACUACCUUUGUCAAGAGACACAUCACUGGAGAGUUUGAGAAGGCCUACAACGCCACUGUCGGAUGCGAAGUCCACCCAAUGCCUUUCUACACAAGUGCCGGAGAAAUCAAGCUCAUGGUCUGGGAUACUGCCGGACAAGAGAAGCUCGGAUGCCUUAGAGAUGGAUACUAUAUUGGAGCCAAUGGCGGUAUCAUUAUGUUCGACGUUUGUGCAAGAAUCACUUACCAGAACGUAUCCAAGUGGCAUAAAGAUCUCGUAAGAGUUUGCCCAGACGCUCAUUUGGUCCUUGUUGGAAACAAAGUUGAUGUAAAGGAGAGAAAGGUUAAGGCCAAGCAGAUUGUCUUCCACAGAAAGAAGAAUAUCCAAUACUACGACAUUUCUGCCAAAUCAAACUACCAAUACGAAAAGCCAUUCCUCUAUUUGUUGAGAAAGAUGACCAACAACGCCGAUUUAGUUCUUGAGGAACAGCCAGCCUUAGCCCCACCAGAGACUGAAAUGGAUGCUGCCCAGAUCGAAACUUUGAACAAAGAAUUAGAUGAUGCUGAUGCCGCUGAAUUCCCAGAUGACGAUGAGUAAUCUCUUAAUAACCCUAUUUCUAUCUAA